AUGUUCAAGUCGCUCUUGCGCUGCAUCCGCCGGUUCUUUAGCCGCAGGAGUUGCAAACCACGAGAUGAGACGUCGCGUCGGACGGAUCACGGAGCGAACAUUGAUAUCGAAGACGCCUUAGCCGAGCAACUAGAACUCCAGCGGCUCAGUGGUCGGGCCCUCUCGUCCACCGCGAGCAUUGCAGCUGCGUUGCGGAAGCGUCCGCGCGAGGACAUGCCCGCGUUCUCGACGCGCGCGAGCAACGACGAGCACCGCACAUCAUCGGAAGCUGCGAGUGGGGCUGUGUUGGAGCUCACGCCGCGCCUCACGUCGAAAUCGAGCAGCCGAACGGGGGAGCGACCCGAGUCGCUCUUCGACCGCAAGUCGCCUGUCGUGAGCGUCUCGAAGCCGAGCAAGCGAGUGCUGUCCGACACGUUUUCCUCGAGCCACGGCUCUUCGGUUCGGGUCCCUAAAUCAGUAUCAGAAGACGGCGAGCCAGAGGAGGAGACGGAGACGACGAGGGAGAAGAGUUUGCCAGCUAGUGAGCGACCAUCGGAGCUGAACCCUCGUCGAUCGUCCAUCUUCGACAUGCGUUCCGAGUGGAUCUAA